GUGCUAGUGUGCUGUCUUCGCUGACGUCUGUCUAAAUCAUUCCGCUUCGCUCGAUUCAGUUGCGAUAACAUUUAUUUGCUUGUCACAGAGUUUCAGUAUUCGUGAAACGAUCAAAGACUUGAUAUAUUGCGGAUAAAUUGUGCUACACAUUGGCUCAAUAAAUCAGAAAGUUUACUCUUCGCGAGAAUUCUAAGGCUCACCCUUUCGCAACUAUAACAUAGAGAGGAUUGGAAAUCAUCUGAAAAUUAUCCGGAGCAGUUUGUUGCAACUCGCCGGGAAUGUUCUUACAUUCUACGUUGAAAAAUGGAACCGACAACCGACUCGUCCCUUUUUUUCGCCAGUUGCAGUUCCAAUUGCACGGACUAUGAUUAUGAACAUUCAGAAAUCAGGACACAAUCCGAGAAGAAAAAACGUGUGAAAAGAUCUCCCGUGCCGAAGCCUUCCUUUACAUUUUUGCCAAAUAUGAAAAAUACGAAAUCACUUAAAACCAACAAAGCUUCAUCAAAGAAAACCCAAAAGGCAAAACCUGAAAACGAACUCUUGAAGGAUUACUGCCCAUAUUCUUCCGACAAUUGUUGUUGCAGUUCAGGUUGCACGGAUUGCGACUACGGACUCUAUACGUAUACAACUAAAAACAAGAGCAAGCUGAAAAAUAAAGACAAGAGAUUCUAUAUAAAGCCUUCGAGUAGUUUCAGACCUUUGUUGUCCGAGAAAAGUCGAAGAACUGCAAAACCAUUUAGCGCUAUAAAUAUAUUAAGGAACAAAAAGACAAAACUUCUCAAAAAAAAAGCCUUGGAAAGCAGCUACCCCGAAUCUUCCGGCAGUUGUAAUCGCCAGUCAAACUAUAUAAAACAUAACUUCAAACUACAAACAACUAAAGACCAAAAAUCAAAAACCAAAAAGAAGACGUCAACGAGGAAUUUGAAAAAACUAAAAACAACGAAAAUUGUGAAAACUCUGAAAUUGCGCAAGAAUAAGAAAGUUUCAAAGAACGCAGCUACAAAAGUUUCUGCAAAAACCGUUAUGAAACAUUGGUUUACUGAUUCAUCUAAUAACUAUGAGUGCAAUUCGGAUUAUACAGACUGCGAAAAGCGCAUAAUUAUAAAGAGAAAAAAGUUGAAAAGCAGAUCCAGAGGAGUGAAAACUUCAACAAAACCGAAAACGUCGGAACUGUCUUCAGUAAUCGGUGAAGGUAAUGAUGAAAGUUAGAAAUGAAAAGAAUUCGAAGCAAACAGCAGAAGUAUGUUCUGAAAAACGUAUAUCGUCACGGUCCUAUUAUUCUGAAAGUGAUUCUUACUGCACUGGUGAAGAUUGCUACUAACAAGUGCAAAACUAUCCGUCAAUCAUGUCGUAUGAAAACUCAACUGCAGAAUUUUACUGAAACUUUAAAUAACACGCUAAUCAAACAACAA